UAGUGUGCGCAGUACACGAGUCUCGACCCCGCACCGGGUCGGAGCGCGCGUGCGGGUCGCGACUCGCGGGGCGCGCUCGCGUAGCGCCGUAGCGUGCAUUAGGAGCGGGGUCGGAGUCCCAGCCUGCGGAGUGGCCGCGCGGAGCGGCGUGCGACAUGGGGCGGCGGUAGCGGCGCGGAUGUGCGCGCGCUCAGAGGCCGUGGAGCUGGAGGUUUUGGGCGCGGAGGGCGGCGAGGCUCGCGUGCCGCCUCGCCCGCUGCGCCUCUCCCUCCUUGAGCUUCUAGGCAAACUGGUGCGACGCGAACAACCCGCUCAGCCGCACCGCCGCACCAGGCAUAACCACCGCUUCCGCACCUUCGUCUCGUGCGAGAAUGAAAGGAGAAUUAAAGCGAAUGACAGGGAGUACAACGCGCAGUUCCGCUAUGCAAACAACUACAUCAAAACAUCUAAGUACUCAAUUAUAACAUUCCUGCCGCUGAACUUGCUCGAGCAGUUCCAGCGGCUAGCGAACUUCUACUUCCUGUGCUUGCUGGUGCUACAGCUGAUACCAGCCAUCUCAUCAUUGACGCCCAUCACCACUGCCAUACCACUGAUCGGUGUGCUCGCACUUACAGCCGUAAAGGACGCCUAUGACGAUUUCCAACGUCAUCAAAACGAUUCUCAAGUUAACCAUCGUCGGGCGAAGACGCUCCGCAAUGGCAAGUUGGUGGAGGAAAAAUGGGCGUCUGUUCAAGUGGGAGACGUCAUCCGGAUGGAGAACGACCAGUUCGUAGCCGCAGAUAUCCUACUCCUCAGCAGCUCGGAGCCCAACGGCCUCUGUUACAUAGAGACCGCCGAGUUAGAUGGGGAAACAAAUUUAAAAUGUCGUCAGUGCCUUGUGGAGACAGCUGAGAUGGGUCAGGACGACGCACAACUGGGCGCCUUCGACGGGGUCAUUAUAUGCGAAACGCCCAACAAUCUACUUAAUAAGUUUGAAGGUACACUGAGUUGGCGCGACAAACAUCAUUCGUUGGACAACGAUAAGAUUCUGUUGCGCGGCUGCGUGCUGCGCAACACCACCUGGUGCUAUGGCGUCGUCGUGUUCGCCGGUAAAGACACCAAGCUUAUGCAGAACUCCGGCAAGACCAAGUUUAAGCGCACCAGUAUAGAUAGGCUACUUAAUUUUCUUAUUAUAGGGAUAGUAUUCUUUCUGCUGUCGAUGUGCGUGUUCUGCACGGUGGCGUGCGGCGUGUGGGAGUGGCUGGUGGGGCGGUACUUCCAGGCGUACCUGCCGUGGGACACGCUGGUGCCGGCCGAGCCCGCCUCGGGCGCCGUCGUCAUCGCCUUCCUCGUGCUAUUCUCGUACGCGAUCGUCAUGAACACUGUCGUGCCUAUAUCACUCUACGUGUCCGUUGAGGUAAUAAGAUUUGCACAGAGUUUCCUAAUAAAUUGGGAUGAGAAGAUGUAUUAUGAAAAGACAGGCACGGCGGCCAAGGCGCGAACGACGACGCUGAAUGAGGAACUUGGUCAAAUUCAGUACAUAUUCUCAGAUAAAACUGGCACUCUGACACAGAACAUUAUGACCUUCAAUAAAUGUUCUAUAGCGGGCGUAUGCUACGGUGAUGUUAUCGACGAAACAACUGGAGAGACCAUAGAGCUCAACGAGAAUUCGGAACCGUUGGACUUCUCGUUCAACCCAGAGUACGAGCCGGAAUUCAAGUUCUUCGACUCGACGUUACUCGAAGCGGUGAAACGCGGGGACCAGGAUGUGCACGAGUUUUUUAGACUGCUCGCUCUCUGUCACACUGUUAUGCCUGAGCAGAAGAACGGGCGGCUAGAGUACCAGGCGCAAUCGCCCGAUGAGGCGGCACUGGUAUCGGCAGCCAGGAAUUUUGGUUUUGUGUUCAGAGAACGCUCGCCUAAUAGUAUUACAAUAGAAGUAAUGGGUAAUACAGAGGAGUAUGAUUUGUUAUGUAUAUUAGAUUUUAAUAAUGUUAGGAAAAGAAUGUCCGUGAUAUUAAGGAAGGAUGGAGAAAUUAGGUUAUAUACAAAAGGUGCUGAUAAUGUAAUAUAUGACAGAUUAAAAGCAAAUCAAGGAGAUGUGAAGUCAAAAACGCAGGAGCAUUUAAAUAAGUUCGCCGGCGAGGGCCUGCGCACGCUGGCGCUGGCGUGGCGUCCGCUGGAGGAGCGCGGGUUCGCGGAGUGGAAGCGCCGCCACCAGGCCGCCGCCCUCGCCCUCCACGACCGCGACGAGCAGCUCGACGCCAUCUACGAGGAGAUCGAGACGGACCUCCUCCUCAUGGGUGUAACCGCAAUAGAAGAUAAAUUACAAGAUGGAGUACCAGAAACGAUAGCGAAUCUCAGUAUGGCGGGCAUUAAAAUAUGGGUUUUAACUGGUGAUAAACAAGAGACUGCUAUAAAUAUCGGGUAUUCGUGUCAACUGCUGACCGACGACAUGGCGGAGGUGUUCGUAAUCGACGGCGUCUCCCACGACGACGUCGAGCGGCAACUCGGCAAAUGUCUCGAAUCUAUACGAGUCGUUAACACAUUCCUCCCUCAUGCGGGCCCGUCGGGCGUGAAGGGCGCGGGCGAGGCCGCCAACGGAGCCCGGCCCUCCCCGGGCCGCGCCGCCAACGUCAAGCUCAACGCACCCGCCGUCUCCGUCGUCACAUUUAGGUGGGAACAUAACACAAUACCACACCACAGCAACGAGUACAUGUCGGGCGGGCCGCAGUCGGCCGACUCACACGAGCCGACCAACGACGACUCCAAUGGGUUCGCGAUCGUCGUCAACGGUCACUCGCUUGUACACUGCCUGCAUCCCAAGCUAGAGGAUAGGUUUCUAGACGUGGUGUUACAGUGUCGUUCAGUAAUAUGCUGUCGAGUGACACCGUUGCAGAAAGCAAUGGUAGUAGAACUCAUCAAAAAGAGUAGGAAAGCUGUCACAUUAGCAAUCGGAGAUGGCGCCAAUGAUGUUUCUAUGAUUAAAGCGGCGCACAUAGGAGUCGGUAUAUCUGGCCAGGAGGGCAUGCAGGCGGUCCUCGCCUCAGAUUACUCAAUAGCGCAGUUCAGGUUCCUACAGCGGCUAUUAUUGGUCCACGGCCGCUGGUCCUACUACAGAAUGUGCAAGUUCCUUAGAUACUUCUUCUAUAAGAACUUCGCAUUCACCGUGUGCCACUUUUGGUUCGCCUUCUUCUGUGGAUUUAGUGCACAGACGGUGUUCGACGAGAUGUUCAUCUCGGUGUACAACCUGUUCUACACGUCGCUACCGGUACUGGCGCUGGGCGUGUUCGAGCAGGACGUGUCCGACGCCACCUCGCUGCAGUUCCCCAAGUUGUACGCGCCCGGACACACCAGCCAGCUGUUCAACAAAACGGAGUUCAUCAAGUCCACGUUGCACGGCUGCUUUACCUCGCUCGUACUCUUCCUCAUACCCUACGGUACUUAUAAGGAUGGAUUAGCACCUGACGGAAAGAUAUUAUCGGAUCAUAUGUUAUUAGGAAGUGUAGUUGCAACAAUAUUAAUUAUAGACAAUACUACUCAAAUCGCAUUAGAUACAACAUAUUGGACAGUGUUUAAUCACAUCACAAUAUGGGGUUCGUUGGUGUCUUAUUUCGUGUUGGAUUACUUCUACAACUACGCGAUUGGUGGCCCCUACGUCGGCUCACUCACGGUCGCACUCACACAACCCACCUUCUGGUUCACUGCCGUACUUACUAUGAUAAUCCUGAUGGUGCCGGUGGUGUCGUGGCGGCUGGCGUGGUCGUGGGCGCGGCCGACGCUGGCGGAGCGGCUGCGCGCGCGGCAGCGGUGGCGCGCCCCCGCCGCCGCGCCCCGCACCCCCUCCGCGCGCCGCGCGCGGCGCUCCGUGCGCUCCGGGUACGCCUUCGCGCACCAGGAGGGCUUCGGCCGCCUCAUCACCUCCGGCAAGAUCAUGCGCCGCCUGCCGCACGCCGCGCUCGCCUCGCUGCCCGGCAAGUUCCACGCGCGCCCGCCCACGCCGCCGCCGCCGCACGAGCCGCGCGCGCCCACGCAGAACCUCGACACGGUCGACUUAUGA